AUGUCAUCCGAGAGCCAACUGAGUGUUCUUCACAAAUUCAAGGGAAUCCUCUUUUCUACUAUGUCUUCAGAAGAACUUCUAAAUUCCUUGGAUUCUUUUGAGGCAAGAGAAGAUGACGUGUUUCUGGUUUCCUAUCCAAAAUCUGGCACUCACUGGAUUGCAAAAGUCAUUGAGAACAUUCCCAAUGCUAGAAUUACCCUAACACCUCCUAUUGAAUUGGGAGACAUUUCUAAAUUUGAAGAGCUAAAAAUGUACUGUGAGAGGAGAGUUAUUCCAACGCAUUUGAGCUAUGACAUGCUACCAAUGAAUAUUAAACAGAAACAAUGCAAAAUUAUCUACAUCAUUAGGAAUCCAAAAGAUACAGCUGUUUCACUCUUCCACUACUACAGAGAUAACCCUAAUCUCCCUGGCAUUGAAAACUGGCAAGAAUUUUUUGAGCUGUUCCUAAAAGGAGAUGUUGUAUAUGGAUCCUGGUUUGACCACGUUUUAAGCUGGGAAGCACGCAAAACUGCAAAGAACAUUCUAAUUAUAUCCUACGAAGAAAUGAAGAAAGAUCCUUCUAAAAACAUAAAGAAAAUAACUACUUUCCUUGGUAUAAGCAUGAGCGACAGCGAAAUUAAUCAGAUUGCUCGGAAAACAUCAUUCAUUGAAAUGAAAAAUAAUACAGCCAAAGAAAACUGUGAUCCAAAUCAUACCAUCUGUGCCCUCACAUCUAAUAGGAACCUGGUAUUUAGGAAAGGUGCAGUGGGUGACUGGAUAAACUACUUUACUUCAAAGCAGAAGAGAGUAUUCGAUGAACUAUUCACAGAGAAAAUGAAACAUAGCGAACUAGCAAAACACUUUGGAGAUUACUCUUAA